AUGCCGCAACCGGAGCAGGAAGAGACCAAAGUGAUCUCCUACCCGCCGAUCCAUGGGCGAUUAUCUUACUCGCUCUUGGCUGACCAGCCCUUACGGGGGGCACCCAUUCGAGAAGGCGACUUGUGGCACCUGUCCACCGAAGAACGCGUGGACCCAGUCCAUGUCUCGUUGCACAUCAAUGGGUUCAGAUUUCAGCUGGAUGGCCAGGAAAUGGCCAUCUCGCUGUCUCCAUUCACACUGGUGCGCAAUUGCAAGUUCCAAAGCACGUAUCCAAUGCUGAACGUGGCCGACUUCAAAAUUUUCAAGGUCUCCUUGUUUGCCCAAGGGGCUUGUUAUUACUUUGGCGUACGUGGUGAGAAUGAAAGGGAGGCAGAGGAACUACGCUCUCGCUGGGUCCUUGACAUCUCGCGGGCGAUGCGCCUGGUUACUCAGACGCUUUUCCCUCCCUUCAACAUCUCCUGUCGUCCUUUGGAUGCUGUUCCUUCAACCAACUCGCGCUUGAUGGCUGGUUACCUUGUGCAUUUCGAUGAUUGCUUCACGGCUUCUGUUCUCUACUGUGAACUGCAUGUGCAGACACAGCAGGACCACACAAGAAUUGUAAUGUAUGAGAACGAGAGCUGCCGGCAACAGCUGGCAGAGAUCUACGUAACCGACCGGUCCAUUUGCUGCGAGAAGAUUGGCAUCAAUUGCAGCUGCUUUUCAGUGGAGGAUCAUCAGUUCUCCGCCAGAACCUUGAGCGAACGGAAGCUCUGGCUCCGGGCAAUCUCGAAUCUCAAAGUCAAGCUGCAAAACAGCGCGCCUGUCCCAUCUCCGGCGGAGACAUGGCACUACAGGGAAGCAGUUCAAGAACAUGCCAAGAACCACAUUGUGUUUGAGGGAUAUGCCAAGACAGAUGCCUUGUUGCAGCGGACGUUCAUCCGACCCCUUGGCGCACAAACCGACGCGUCGUAUCAUGCGACCUUGGGUGCGCUACCGCCACCUGCGCCGGAGGACAUCAAGUAUGGCGACAGGCCUUGCCAAGCAUACUCCCCAGAUGCAGAGCACGCUAGCGUUUUUGCCCUUCCCCUGCCGCAGCCAGAGGCAGAGUCAAGGGCAUCCGAUGCGCAUCCACUGCGACGCUCCUCUUCGUUGUCCGAGCCGUUGAGGAAGCUCUCCGAUGUCUGGUUAAGGCCAACGCGGCCAAGGAGCAAAUCCUUCCUGGUGCCUCGGCAAGUACCUAAGCCGGGUGAUGGAUGA